CACUGCAUCUGGCGGUGACUCGUGGUAACCAAGAACUUUCAGUAAUGCUUCUGGAUGCCGGCGCAGAGGUGGACGCUCGUCAGAAUGUUGGGGAAACGCCUCUGAUUCUCUCGGCUAAAUCAUACAACCUGGAACUCGUUCGGAUGCUGCUUUCUCGGGGCGCUAACGUCAAUGCUUCUACGCAGUACGGAAGCACUCCCUUGCAUAUGGCACUUGAGGUGGGCUGGUGCAGCGAAAUCAUCCAAGCACUUCUGGACGCGGGCGCGGACGUAGAGGCGCGAAAUACGGCCGGCUGGACACCUCUCUGCAUCGCUUCAUGCAAGAGCUAUGUCGAGCCCAUACGCCUGCUCUUGAGUAGAGGGGCUGAAAUCGGGGCUUGUAUGGUGGAUGGCUGGACGCCGCUACACAUCGCG